CUCCAAUAAUUCAGUACUCUCUGAAACCCGAGAAUAAUAAGAUGUUCAAGACAAUCGUUCUAUUAUCCUGCCUGGCAACCGUUGCCAUGGUAACUUCUACAAAACUACGCACCGAGGAUCAUACCAGGUUAACUGGAGAGCAAAGGGCCGCAUUAGAUGAGCUGAUGAGAAGAGUUCUGCCCAAAAUUAAGGAGGACUGGGUCAAGGAUGAGUUGUACAUUUUGAAAUUUCUUCGAGCCAAAAAUUUUAAUGUAGACGAUGCCGAGCUAUAUUUUCUUGCGCAUCUCUCAUGGCGCGACGAUAACAGAAUGAGAUCCAUUUUAACCGAGGACUUUUCCGAUAUGAAGAAAGAUUAUCCCUACAAGUUGGACGGUUAUGACAAACAAGGGCGACCACUUUUGAUCACGGACUUUGGCGAGUGGGACUUGGACCGUGCGGCUGAGCGUGGUGAGAUUGACCGGGUUCUCCGCUACUAUGACCGCAUGUUGGAAGAAGCGGAACAAAAAGUGCUCGAUUUGCAACAUCAGGGAAAAAAUAUUACUCAAUUCACCUGGCUCAUGAAUCAAGAUAACAAAGCUACCGUUAGUUUUGCAAUCGCCCGGUGUUACUGGCAUUCCGCUAACACUUAUGAGAAACAACAUCCCGGCGCCAGUUCCAGAGUCGUGUUUAUAAAUUCUCCGUCUCUCUUUUCCCCGGCCAUGUCUGCCAUGCGUCCCUUAUUGUCGCAAGAAACGAACGACAUCUUUGACAACUACGGAGAUGAGAAGGAGUGGAAACCCAUCCUCUUGGAUUUGGUCGACCCAGAACAACUGCCCCCUUCCUACGGGGGAACGAAGGGAGGCAAACCCAAAGUUCUCGUGGGAACGUUUCAAGGAGACAUGAAUAAACCGGGGACUUGGUCCUGGCCGAAGCUUUUCGGAUUUAGACAGUGAUCCGAUUUCUUACGUUAAAUACUUGUUAAUCGAAAAAUAUUGAUUAAAAAAAAAUAUUGCUAUUAUUUAAAAAUA